AUGUACGCCAGGUGUGGGAGCUUGACAGACGCUCGCAGGCUUUUCGACAGGAUGGAUCGCCAUGACCUUGUGUCAUGGAAUGUUAUGGUGCUGGGAUACGCUGACAGUGGCUACGCAGAACUGGCACUGGACCUCUUUCAACUCAUGCAAGCUGAUGGCUUUGGUCCAAACUCUCGAAGCUUUGUAGCCGCCUUCAAAGCUUGUGCUUGUCUAGCAAAGCAAGAAGACACGGCGCUGAUCGAUGGGAAGCUUGUGAAGCUCAGGGCUCUCGAGAAAGGCAUGGCUCUUCACUCCCAAGCUGCAAGUUUCGGCUGUGACAUGGACAGAUUCGUAGCAAACGUGUUGGUGGACUGUUAUGCAAACUGUGGUAGCAUGGAGGAUUCAAGCAGGGUCUUCUACGGGAUCCAGAGUCCGACGGUGGUUUCAUGGACUGCAUUGGUUCUCGGAUAUGCUGAAAACGGGCAGGGAGAGAUGGCCUUGGAAGUGUUUUCACAGAUGCAACACGAGGAUGCUGAGAUGGAUUUUCUAAGUUUUGUGGCGGCACUCAAGGCUUGCAGUGUUUUGGCCGUGAAGGAAAAGGCAGCAAAACGAGCCAAUGGCUCCUUGGUGAAGAUCAUUUCUCUGGAAAGAGCCAUGAAAAUCCACUCCGAGACGUCAAGGAAGAAGUGCGAUUCGGACUUAUAUGUGGCGAGCUGCCUGGUGGAUACUUACGUCAAGUGUGGGAGCAUGCUAGACGCGCGUAGGAUUUUUGACAGGAUGACGCAGCGGAAUGUGGUCUCCUGGAAUUCGUUAAUCUUGGGGUAUGCCGAGAAUGGAGAAGAGGAAGUGGCUUUAGAACUGUUCGGGCGGAUGAACAGCGAAGUCUUUAAGCCAGACGCUCAAACUUACGUUGCAGCGUUGAGCGCUUGCACUCGACUGGCGACUAAAGAAGUACCAAGGGACGCAGAAGAUGCCUUUCAGAUUUGGGCGAACUUUGUGGACCUGGAGAAGGGAAUGGCUGUUCAUGCACGGGCUGCUACCGAUGGCUUCGACUCCAACGUCUACGUUGCAAGCAGUUUGAUCGACAUGUAUUCCAAGUACGGUGUCCCAGACGAAGCUCGAAAGGUGUUUGACGAGCUCCAUCCUCCCAGGAACAACAUCGUGACUUGGAAUGUCAUGAUCCAGGGAUACGUAGAGAAUGGAGAAGCUGAGCUUGCUAUUGAGCUGUUCACGUUGAUGCUGCUUGAGGGGACGUGCUCGCCUAAUGCUCGAACUUUCGUAGCUGCGUUCAAGGCGUGUACUCUACAAGCAGAGAAGGAACAGGAAGGAAGCAAUCUUCCCAAAGUUAUGGCCUUGGAGAAAGGAAUGGCUCUUCACCGUUUAGCUUCGGACAUGAGGCUAGACUCCGAAGCGUUCGUGGCAAGCUCUUUGAUAGAUCUGUACGCGAAGUGCGGCACUAUGGACGAUGCCUGGAAAGUUUUCGAGAAGACACCAAGGCGGGAUAUGGUUUUAUGGACGGCACUUCUGCUUGGCUACGUCUCGAAUGGUGAUGAAGAGCGAGCUCUAGAGCUUGUCAAGUUCGUGGAGCUUGGCGAUGAUGCUGAUCGAUCGAGCAUUCUCUCGGGACUCAAUCUCUGCGCGUGCUUGGGAUCCAGAGGGGAAGUGGACGCAAAGAUGGUGUGCCUGGAGAGAGGCAUGGCGUUCCACAUUCAAGCUUACCAUGCCGGCUGGAAUGACUACGAGGUGGCUCGCGGACUUGUGGCGAUGUACGCCAAGUGUGGGAGCAUGGGGGAUGCUCGACGAGUUUUCGACACGAUGCCGAGAGACGACGUCGCAGCAUGGAACUCGAUGGUCCUGGGCUAUGCCGAGAACAAGCAAGCAGCGCUGGGCUUGGAGCUCUUUCGAGAGAUUCCUCCUCGAGUUUUGGACGCUCACAGCUUGGCUGCUGCUCUCAAGGCUAGUGGAAGCCUGGCCUCUCUGGGACGGGGCAAAGCCACUCAUGCUCUAGCUUGCCGCCUGGGGAUGGAAGAAUCUCUCAUCGUUGGGACUAGUUUGGUCGACUUCUAUGGCAAGUGUGGAAGCAUGGUGGACGCUCGACUGGUUUUUGAUAAGAUCUUUGCCAAGGAGCUAGCGGCCUGGACAGCUCUCGUGGAAGGCUAUGGCCGUCAAGGAAGCUCCAAGCUUGUGAUGGAGCUUCUUUGUGGAAUGGACGAGGAGGGGUUUCGACCAGACGCUAAAACUCUGGCUAGCGUUAUCACUGCUUGUAGCCACGGUGGCGAGCUAGAGGCCGCCAGGAAACUCUUUGCAGAAGUGAUUCCUUCGCAGGAUUAUUUCGUGCGCAUGGUGGAUCUUCUAGGUAGAGCCAAUGAGCUAAAUGCCGCAGUAGACAUGGUUAGCUCGGUGGAAAGUGUUAGCAACGCUAAGUUGGUGGUGUUGUGGAGAAUUAUCCUAGAUGCUUGUAGAAGGUGGAAGAAUCUUGAGGUGGGAAAGGUGGCAUUCAAGCGUUUGAUGGAUUUGGAUGAGUUUGAUUCAGCGGCUUAUGUACUAUUCGCAUCCAGCUAUGAUUAA